AUCUGUUAACUUUCUGUGCAAUGUUCUUUAUUCCUGGCUUGUUUGGAGCAAAUUCUGUUGAAUAAAGGAGUAGAUUUUGGGGCUUAAAACUUUUUUAUCAUUCUUGAUUUUGAUCUCGAAACUGUCAAGAGAAGAAGAUGUUCGGGAGAGCGCCGAAGAAGAGCAAUAACACAAGGUACUAUGAGAUACUGGGCGUCUCCCAGAAUGCUUCACAGGACGAUUUGAAGAAGGCUUACAAGAAAGCUGCAAUCAAGAAUCAUCCCGAUAAGGGAGGCGAUCCUGAGAAAUUCAAGGAGUUGGCACAGGCGUAUGAGGUCCUGAGUGAUCCCGAGAAACGUGAGAUAUAUGAUCAGUAUGGUGAGGAUGCACUCAAGGAAGGAAUGGGAGGUGGCGGUGGUGGCCAUGACCCAUUUGAUAUCUUCCAAUCUUUCUUCGGUGGGAGUCCAUUUGGAGGUGGUAGCAGCAGAGGACGUCGCCAGAGGCGGGGAGAGGAUGUGGUUCAGCCUUUGAAGGUUUCUCUUGAGGACCUUUACCAAGGUACCACAAAGAAGCUCUCACUCGCACGAAAUAUGAUAUGUUCUAAAUGCAGUGGCAAAGGAUCAAAAUCCGGAGCUUCAACGAAGUGUGCCGGUUGCCAAGGAACUGGUAUGAAGGUUACAAUAAGGCACCUUGGUCCCUCAAUGAUUCAACAGAUGCAGCAUGCUUGCAAUGAAUGUAGGGGUACUGGUGAAACUAUUGAUGACGAGGACCGAUGCCCGGCAUGCAAGGGAGAGAAGGUCGUUCCAGAGAAAAAGGUGCUUGAAGUUUUUGUUGAGAAGGGAAUGCAGAAUGGGCAGAAGAUUACCUUCCCUGGUGAAGCUGACCAAGCGCCUGAUACAGUCACUGGAGAUAUAGUGUUUGUCCUUCAGCAGAAGGAACAUCCUAAGUUCAAGAGGAAGGGUGAAGACCUCUUUUAUGAGCACACAUUGUCUCUCACUGAGGCUCUAUGUGGUUUUCAGUUUGUAUUGACACACCUGGAUGGCAGACAACUCCUUAUCAAGUCAAGCCCUGGGGAAGUUGUCAAGCCUGAUUCAUUCAAGGCUAUUAAUGAUGAGGGGAUGCCUUUGUACCAGAGGCCUUUUAUGAAAGGGAAGCUGUACAUUCACUUCACAGUGGACUUCCCUGACUCUCUUGCCCCAGAUCAGGUGAAGGCACUAGCGGCUGUUCUGCCAGCCAGGCCAUCAUCUGAGCUGACUGACAUGGAGCUGGACGAGUGUGAGGAGACAACGUUGCAUGAUGUUAACAUAGAAGAGGAGAUGCGAAGGAAGCAACAGUCUCAGGCACAAGAGGCAUAUGAUGAGGAUGAUGACAUGCACAGUGGUGGUCAAAGGGUGCAAUGUGCACAACAGUGAUGAUGGAGAAUAAUGAUAGAUCCCAGUGUUUUGGUGUACUAGCAUAAUUGAAGCUAAUGUGACCAGUUCUUGAGAACUUGGGCAUGUGGUGUUUCUGAUGGGCAGAGACAACGGUGUAGGGAUUUAAUGGACAACUCUUCUAAUGUUCUUUAAGGCAAUUAUAUUGGUACAUGUAUAAUCAUUAAUGGUCUGAAA